UCCACGCUCCGUGCGCACGAGCAGCCCUGUUUGUUUGUGUUGAGAGAUUGGAAAUGGCGGAGAACAGAGAGCGAAGCGACAACUUGGGCUCGCGAGCGCAAACGCGCCGCCGCUGAGACGCGGAAGACACCCACAAGUGAUUCCCGGAGUUACUCGCGGUUUGCCGCGGCCGAUGGGAUACAAGUCGGACGUGGCGAAAAGGGAUUUUCUGGAAAAAGGUUCGGGUUUAGCCAGCAGGUUAGCCAGCUAAGCUAACGGCACUAGCAGCCUGGCAUUAGCUAGCUCUAAGCCGUGUGUGAUUUUAACCACGCAGGCUUGUUUGUCAACACAGGCUGACGUUCAAUUGCUAGCGAGCGAGCUAACGUCCAACUUCUGCCCGCUUCCCGGGCCUCCCCCGCUCGGCUUUUACAACAUAAUGGCCCCACACGGCCGCGGACGACUCGAGCCAAAGUAACGUUAAUAGCGCGUCAAAAGUCCGACGCCUGACAAUCCGAGUCCCCAGCGAGGCAGCAAGUUGAGCUGGUCCGCCUCGUUAGCCUGCUAGCCUGCGCCGCGCGCAGCGCGAGCCGCCGUUUGCGUGGGAACGAGGCGCCCGCGGUGACGACGGCCAGCGGCACCACGUUGGCAGGACCGCUGUUUACAGUCAGAGGCCACCGGGCUUCUCCCUGCACCUGGGAUGGUGCAGUCGUGGAGCUAUAACCUCAGCAUCGCCGCUCCCUCAUCUCAGCUCUGAGCAGCUCAGCCACCACUGCUUUGAAGCCCAGCCUCCCCUUCCUCCCCCUAUCUGUGCUCUGAGCCCUGGACGAGGCCACCACAGCCACCACAUGACUUUCCCACUAGAGCCCUAGAUCAAGUCAGUUGGAACUGAACAUGAGUGCAGUGGGGGAAAGCCCUCUGGACCCUGCUGCGCCUGAGUCGCGCAAGAGGAAGGGCUCGCCGUGCGACACAUCGGGCCAAAGCCUCGAGAAGCGGAGACGGGAGCUGGAGUGCCGCUACAUCGAGGAGCUGGCUGAGCUGCUGUCAUCCAAUAUGAGCGACAUCGCCAGUCUCAGUGUCAAACCCGACAAGUGUCACAUCCUCAAGAGCACGGUGGACCAAAUCCAGCAGAUAAAGCGGCGCGAGCAGGAGAAAGCAGCUCUUCUGUCUCCAGACGAUGAGGUUCAGAAGAGCGACAUCUCCUCCAGCAGCCAGGGAAUGGUGGAGAAGGCGGCGCUGGGGCCUAUGCUGCUAGAGGCCCUUGAUGGGUUUUUCUUUGUCGUCAACCGCGAGGGCCGCAUCGUCUUUGUUUCUGAGAAUGUGACGGGUUACCUUGGAUACACCCAGGAGGAGCUGAUGACCUCAAGUGUCUACAGCAUCCUCCAUGUGGGGGACCACGAUAAAAUCGUACGCAUUCUGCUGCCUAAAAGCCUGGUCAACGGCGUGCCGUGGCCACAGGAACUCGGCCGGAGAAACAGCCACACCUUCGAGAUUCGCCUGUUGAAGAGGCCGCCGGACGAGGCGGACUCAGAGAACCUGGAGGCUCGGCAGCAGUACGAGGUCAUGCAGUGUUUCACCGUGUCCCAGCCUCGGACCGUGCAGGAAGAGGGCGACGACCUGCAGAGCUGCCUAAUCUGUAUAGCCUGUCGGUUACCUCGCGCCCAGCCUGUCAACACUGAGUCCUUCAUCACGAAGCAGGACCCCACAGGGAAGAUCAUCUCCAUAGAAACUAGUGCUUUGCGAGCAACGGGCCGAGCUGGCUGGGAGGACCUGGUCAGGAAGUGCAUCUACGCUUUCUUUCAGCCGCAGGGCAAGGAGCCCUCCCACGCCAAGAAGCUGCUUCAGGAGGUGAUGACCCAUGGCACCGCCAUCAGCCCUCUGUACCGUUUCACACUCAGUGAUGGCACCGCGCUCAGCGCUCAGACGCGCUGCAAGUUCUGCUGCCCUCCCAACCCUGAUGUCCAGCCCUUCAUCAUGGGCAUUCACACUAUUGACAGGGAACACAACACUGCUAGCUCUCAGGAAAACACUAACCCCAGCCUUCCACAGACCCUUGGCAGCCUUGCCCAAACUCCAUCCCGCUCCCCAACCCUUCCUCCCAGCAGCAACUCGAAUCAAGGCUCCAGCCUCGCCGCAUCAAGCCUUCACCCCAACAACAGCAACGCCUCUUCCCACGGACUCAACCCAGCCACACCCGCAGGCUACCUGACGCCCAAUCGGACAUGUGCCCAACAGGUCAACAGUCCAUCUCCUUUGAGCAGCCCACUCACAGCCACCCCUACCUCUUUUCUGCCACCCAGGAUGCCACGGGCCAGUCCUGGGUUAGGGGGAAGCCCUCGAGUACCAGGGAACCCCUUUUCUCCCUCCACAGCAGGCCACCAUUCCCCAGCUGGGGCACUGAGCAGUGGAGGCAACCUCAAUGGGCAGCAGUCUGGUGGUGAUAGUAAUAGUGGGUCAACGGGGUCUUUCUCCCUGUCCUCCCCUGUCCUUCAGCGACAAGCCAGUACACCCACCAGCUCCUCAACUCGGCCACCAUCAGCGAAACCCCAGGAAGGAGGAGAAGGAGGAGGAGAGGACUCAGUCAAAGCCCCUCUUCCUUCUGCCUCACACCUUGGGAACCCGAGGCUCAGUCAGCUCCUGGAUUGCAAUGGUACAGGACCUGAAUCCAACAACAACAGCAUCAACUGCACAUCAUCACCUCAUCUUCCCAACCCCCCUCCGACCCCCCACUGCCCUGCCUCUCACAGCACUCUAACAGAACGGCAUAAGAUCCUCCACCGGUUGCUCCAGGACAGUAGUCCCAACGACGCCUCUGCCACCACUGAGGAAGGACUAAAUAAAAAUGAAGUUGAGAUUAAGAAGGAGCCGCCCACAAGUCCAGCCCUAACCUCACCACCUCCUAGGUCCAGCUCCAGGGAGCCACAGGAUCACCAGCUGCUCCGGUUUCUUUUGGACACCGAUGAAAAGGACUUGGGAGACCUGCCGCCUCCGUCCGCUCUCAGCCUGCAGACAGUCAGGGUGAAGGUGGAGAAACGAGGCAACAGAGAAGGAGCAGCCUGUACGGGCUCCGCGCCUGCAGGAGGAGGAGGCGCAUCCAAAUCCAGCAACGCGGCCUGCAUCAGCCCUAAACCAAGUCCCGUUGGAGAGAACCGCCGCAACAGCCGCAAGGACAGCAGAGACUCCACGACGUCGGGUGGACCUGUCGACAUGGACCCUCUCACCCAGCUGCUGCCUGGCCUUGGAAGCACGAGUGACGAUUCAGCCACACCUGGAGGAGGCCUCCCACUCCCGUCUCCAAACUCCCAGUCUCAGCCCCCAGUACAGCUCCAGUCCCCCAUUCCUCAGCUUCAGUCCCCUCUAUCUCAGCCCCAGUCCCUUCCCCAUUUGCAGUCUCCGUCACCCCAGCUCCACUCCCCUUCCCCUCAGCUCAAACUGCAGUCACCCAUUCAGCUCCAGCCAGGGGAGGGCACUCCCCGCAACGUGAACGUAAAGAGAGAGCCUCCUGGCACCCCUAACAGAGGUCUCAGCGAAGGAGGUCCGCCCUCCGGUUGCAGCCUCCAAAGUCAGACAUUUGAUUUCUGCAGUCCUCCGACACCAAGCCAGACACAGGCCCAAGGACAGGGAGACCCCUUCCAGCCCACCAAAGACGGCAGCCCCUUCCCAGAGACGGACGGUAUCAACCCAUUCAGUUCAACCACUGGCUUAACUAAGAUGGACGUGGGAGAUUCCCAGUUCCAGCCUCUGGCUCUGUCUGACACCUCGCCGUUUGAUGGUCUUGGAGCUCCUAUACAGGCUCCCUUGGCAUCACCACAAGAGCAGUGUGUGCCCUGCACGCUGGACGAGGUGCUCGGCCCUCCCACCACGCCUGAAGGCCGAAACGACGAGAAAGCUCUGUUGGAGCAGCUGGUGUCCUUCCUCAGUGGGACCGAUGAGAGUGAACUGGCGGAGCUGGACAAGGCCUUGGGUAUCGACAAACUUGUUCAGGGUGGAUGUUUCGAGCCUCUGCCUCAAACCUUCCCGCCCCAGCAGGCCACUGCCACCCCAGUGUCCAUAGACCCCAAACUCCCCACCUACGCCUCCCAGUUUACACCGGCUCCACAACCUCAGUUUCCGCCUGAAGUCGCCACCAUGGGGACACCGGGUCUGGGGUUUGGGUCCCCUCGAGGGGCUUUCCCCGGUGGGACGGCAGGCAUAGGUCUCAGGCCAGGGAUGGCCCGGCCCCAGGGGACGGCUCCGCAGCUCCGGCUGCCGCCCAACCAGCUGCGCUUGCAGCUGCAGCAGAGACUGCAGGGCCCACAGCAGCUCCAGAACAGAGUGGCAGGCAUGAAUCCAUUUCUUGCAGGCGCCCAGCAUGCAAACAUGGGGAUACGCCAGGGGGUUCAACAACCUCAGAUGCCCUCGCAACAGCCUCCACUGAACGCUCAGAUGCUGGCCCAGCGCCAGAGGGAACUCUACAGCAUCCAGCACCGCCAGCGCCAGCUUUUCCAACAGAAGGUCAUGCUGAUGAGACAGAACAUACCAGGCGCUCCAGCUGGAGCCGUGGGCCCCAUCGGAGCUGUCCGGGCCCCAAAAAGCUCCACCGCAACACCUCAGCAGCAGCAGCAGCAGCCGCAGCCGCAGCAGUUCAACUUCCCACCAGGGUACAACCCGAUAGCGGGGAACCCCCCUACCUCACCAAGUCAUUUCAGCCCUCUGGACACCAAGCUGCCCAGCAGAGUCCCUGUGAGUAACCAGACGCUGAUGAGCGGUGUGCAGGGCCAGUUCAGCAGCACCGUCAACUCCUCAAUCCAGCAGGGCUUGUUCCAGCAGUUUGUAGGCUCUGCUAUGGUCCAGCAAGACCCACCUUUCCCUCCUGAGAUGAGCCCGACCAGCCCACUGUUGUCGCCUCAAAACCCCACCUCCCAGAGUCCUCUGCUCCAGCAAGCUGCGCCUCUCGGCUACCAGUCCCCCGACAUGAAAGGCUGGCAGCAGACCAGCAUGAGCAGCAACAGCCUGUUCAGCCCAUCGGGGCAGAGUGCAGGGCAGAACUUUGGCCAGCAGGGGGUUUACAACAACAUGAGCAUCACCGUCUCCAUGGCCGGAGGCUCCGGGGGUGUUGGCUCGCUACCUCCCAUGGGGCAGCAGGUCGGCAUGAGCAACAGUAACCUCAGCAACGUCGGCUCAGUGUGCAGCGACCAGCAGGUGCAGCAGGUUCAGGUCUUUGCAGACGUCCAGUGCACGGUGAACCUGGUUGGCAGCGACUCCUACCUGAACCAGGGAUCCAUCGGAGCGGCAGCCGCACAGAAGGGCCCCGGACCACAGGGCCCCCAGAACAACCAGGCGCAGCAGAAGAGCCUCCUCCAGCAGCUGCUCACUGAGUGACACCUCCCACCCUUUUAGCUCUCCUACUCUUUCUACUUCUCACUUCUACGCCUCCUCCUCGAAGGUCGGUGCACCAGACCCAUUGCUGUCUCUGUCUCACCUUUUGGAUGGAUGGAUGGAUGAAUGGAUGGAGCGAAGGAAGGACGGGCGGACGCAGAGUGUCGGCGCAGAGAGGUCUGGCUGUGGGAGUUGACGGCCUCGACGCUUCUGUGCCGCGGGAUGCUUGGGGACGGUUGUUUUGCCACCCAGUACUCAAAGAAGAACUCUGGUCAGAAGGAGCAGCAGAGUAUUUAAACCUGCCUGUCUAAUCUGUCUGACAACCUGUCUGUCUGCCUCAGCCUAUUAAAGGCAGUGUUGUCUUGCUGCUCAUUCCUCUGUGACCUACUUCCUGCUUCCUAACCCAAGAAAACAACUGCAACAUCAUUGUAGAUUUGCCAAGUUGUCGUCACUGUCAAAUCAGGGCCGGCCUCCUUUUUAUUUGUUGGUUUGUUGUUAGUUCUUUUUUUCUGAUGGGACGGUUUUCAUCGGGCCGUCGCAGCAGUGCAUCCUGGGAGCAUGAGUUGCCGUGUACAGCUGUGCUCAGCGUUUAACAUGUGGGCGUGCCCCACGCAGCAGCACCUCUGACUUUUUUAAACGUUUGUUUUACUCUACCUGUCUCUCAGCGAUGUGGGAAUGUUAAGGUUUCAGACCUCUGUGGCAUUGUGGGAUAGAAGCUCAGUAUCAGCUGGUUCUGUGACUGUCUCUCUCUAUCAGCUACAGUGCCUGGUGGAGUUUUCCCAAGCUCUGCUUCUUCUUCUACAUGUUUAUUCUAUUACGUCUUCUGUUUAAAUUUAGUGUUUUUUUUUAUUGUUUUGUUUUAAAAAAUUCUUCUGCUCUCACCGUCAUCAUCUUCAUGGUCAUCAGAACAAGCUUUGUCAACAGCCAGAAAGGAUGGAUUGACUGAUGGAUGGAUGGUUGGGAGACAGACUGGAUGCUGCUCAGUUUGGAACUUAAGUGUCUUUCUCCCCUGGGGGAAAGUUUUAUUUUUAUUAUUUUCAAAGUAUAGAAAGAGACUGUUAUGAUUAUUUAACUGUCUGUCCAUCACAUUUUACACCCCUCCCCCCCCCACACACACACCUCAGCAGCUGUGAAUACAGAGCCCUGUCGGGCUCUCUCUCCCUCUCUCUCUCACGCUCUCCCCCCUUUCUGUCGCUCUCUUGUGCUAUCUCUCAGUCUGAGUGUUGUUUGCCACGUGCACCAUGCAGGCGGGUAGUGUUGUACAGUACAGAAGGACAAAGACUUGGGGAUGAGCUCACUCUUCUCUUCUAACAGCUUUCCAUUUUUAAAAAAGUGUAAUUAAUUCAUUACUCAGAACAGCAAAACUAUGUGUAAUGUGAUUGGAUCCAGGUUUUUCUUUUUUGUUUUCUAAAUCAAACAUUGUCAGCUCAUGUUUUUUGGCAUCACCACAUUGUUCUAAUGCUCAACGUUGCAGUGGAGGAGGAAGUUAUUCCGUCUUCUGAAAUGUGAAAACUCUACAUUUGUAAUUGAACGAGUUUAAAUCCAGCUAGACCUCAUUCAGCGCUCCCAGCAGCCACGCGUCCUGGAAACGGGACGUUUGCUUGCUGUGCUUUCUCUCGUGGUGACCAAGAUUGCCACCUUUUCUUGCUUCCUCCUCUUUUUUUUUUUUUUUAUUCUUAUGUAUGUACAAUACUUUCAAAAAUCUGUUCAAACAGUACAUUUGUGUUGUGUAACCAUUGUAUAAAAAAGCAUAAUAAUACCUUAAAUGCCGCCGCUGCUGCGAGUACAGGCUCAACCUGCGGCUGUGGUCGCAGCAAACGGCGCCGUUCAGGGUAUUGUUCCUAUAUAAUGACAUUUAAGUAGAGGCUUUAGUAAUAGAAGUUGCUAACAAAGAUGUGAUUGAUAAUUUGAAGAUGCCAUGAAAUUGAGUCACAACAGGAUGGGGUUGAGUCACAAAAAGACUCUCUUUGUAUUUUCUCCUCAACGUCUGCAAAUCUGUUUUAUCAGUGUUGUUUUUUUUGUUUGUUUAUGUUUUUGGGAUUCAACCCUCUUCUCCCUCCACCUUUGGUUCCCAGAUGAAGACCUCACUCCACUGGCCACACACACACACAAACACAGCCUUGCAGUGCUAUAAAAGUGGGGCCCCACCAUUGACAUACUGCCUUCCCUAGCCCCUCACCCUACUCCUAACCAUCACAACUAAAGGCAGACGUCAAACCUUUGCUCUAAUCCGAACCAAAACUCAAUUCUAACCUCGGUCCUAAAAUCCCAUUUUGACCCUCAAAAAGGCCUUCAAAGUUGUGGGGCCCAGCCAAAGGGCCCCACAAGUGGCUAUAGAAAAACAUGAAUUUAGGGCCCCACUUCAAUGUAACCGCAAGGACACACACACAGUUUUCUGUUGACUACUGUUGCUCAGUCAGACACUGUCUCUCUCAGCGAUAACAGACCUCUAUUAACAAAUCGAUUUCACAUGCAGACGUGCGACCAAGUACACACCUUACUGGGAAUUGAGGAAAUUAAAAGCCUGCAGAGACGCUGCCUCUGAAUAAUCUUUACAUGAUUAAAGUCAAUGUGAAGUUACACUUACAAGCUUUAUAUCAUAACACUCACAUCAGCUCUUAGGGCUCGGUCUGACUCACUACCCAAAGAGGAGGACGCUAGAGCAGAUCUGGUCUCCCUCUGCUGCUCAAGCCCUUUUUACACAGGACUCAUUCCAUCAGGGAACGUCCGCCCAAUUCAAACGGUAACAACGAAAGUCCUCAGCGGUUUCACCGCCGUGCAAUCGGCCACGUCUGUCCUCCAGCUCCACCAGGAGCUCUCUGAUCGAACGAAGCCUGUGUGUGUGAAUCUUAGUUUGGGGUCGGUUGUUUCUCUUCCUUCCUUUUUUGUUGUUUUUCUGUCUGUCAUGAAGUAUUCGCAGUGGAACCUGUGGAGAGGGUUCCACGAACCGCGCCGACCUCUCGCUCAUGCUCACGACUACCUAAUCCAUCAGUCACACUAGGUCAGCGACAUGCAGCCGGAUGCUGCGCUGUCAGAAUAGGGCUUUCCUGUGUACUGUUUUUACAGCGUUACAACGUUAUCGAGGGAUAGUAUGCAAGGUCAACAUUCCAACCAUCGACUCCUCCAACCAUGUGAGAAACCACUUUGUGUGCAGCUGGGAUGGGACACGUUUCAGUGCAGACGCAAUAUGCACCUGAACAGUGGCACAGGAACAGUCGCAGUCUUUAAUCUUAAGCAUUUAAGUCGGGGAGAUAUUUUUUCAAAUGGUUUACCAAGACUUUCUGAAACGGAGUUUAUUUUUUCUAUUUUUCUGUCUGUAUAUUUAUUAGAUCAGCAUGUGGAUAAGUCAUCGCCGCCACCUUAUUACCUCAUCAUCUUUCCUUCUUGACCAUGUUUUUGCACUGUGCGCAGAUUGUUGGGUCGCUGUAUGAGUUGAUUUGACCGCAGGACUACAGAUGUUUUCACACGUUUCUGUAGUUUUCUGCCGCCACGUUUUUACUUUAUACCUGUUAAUGGAGCCCCUCUAGAAACAGAGGAGAAAAAUGAUAAUUACAACAGUUGAUUGUUAAUGGAAGUGAUGUGUCCUGAGGUCCUGAGUCACAUCCAGACUCCAGCAGUCUGACGUAUUGUAACAGUAGAGGGCAGUAAAGCUGCAGCUGGGACUCUGUCUCAUUCAGUAGAUUUAGCAGUGAACGUUUCUGUGCCUGGGUCACACUUCGCUCUUCGGACGCUCCGGUCCCGCUUCGCUGCUGCUCUGAGCGUUAGUGGACGUCCUCCUGUUUGUCACAGUGUAAAUGCAGGCGUCGGACGGUCCUGUGCCACUGAACGAGUAGGAUGUAGGAUACAGGAGAGGCGAACGCUGCACAGAGUGGAAGAAUGUAUUUUUCUGGAAGUUUGGUUUGUACUUGGAUGGUUUCACACGUACAGUAUUGAAGCCCGGCCCUCUUUCCUCUCACAGUUCUGCGUGGAAUAGGCAUUCCUAUGGAAGUGGUUUCCUCUACAACCCUGUUAAAUGCAGAAACUCAGCUUAUGCUGCGACACAACAACAUGCCAAAUACAACCAACGCGUAUGUCAUCUGUUUUUUUGUUUUUUUUUGUUUUUGUUUUUUUUAAUGCAACAGCCAUUCAGUGGAACCGACAGUCCCUCACUACAGUAACAGUAACAGGUACAAGGUUAGGUUUUUUUAUAACGUUGGUUUGAAGAUGUUAACAUAAUGUAUAUAACAGAGAAAUGUGAAUAUGUAUUUGUUCAGAAUCAACAAAACAGUAGUGCUCCGAGUUUGUGGUAAAUAACUACUCGCCUCCGUCAUGUUUUCAUUUUGUGUUUUGAUUUUCUACUUUUUUAUUUUUUCCGAUGAUGUAUGUAUGUAUAUGACUAUCAGUGAGUGCGUAUGUAUGUGUGAUUAAUACUGUAUAUCUGGUGUUCUCUAAGAUGGAAAAGUCGAAGAUGUCCUGGGUUGAUUCUUCUCUUCUUUUACUCUUUAGACCCUGCACAGUACCUGUGGGUGUUUCACAUUAACUAUGCCAGAGAAUGGUUUUAGCGACUGCUGAAUGUGAUUUUACUGAGAGAAGCAGUGUGGACUGGCUUUUGUACGGGUUAAUUUAAAAAAAAAGGCCAUAUUAUUUAAUUUUCUCUGUUGUCAAAAGUUUAAGCAGAUCUGGGAGAGUGGAGCCUUGGUUUUGUGGAGAAGCAUUGCCUGGUUGUUGGAGAGAAGUGGGACUUAGUUUUCCCAUUUUCUGACUGAUGUAGCCUUUUUGUUUGCAUUUGUCAACAGUUAAAUGACCAAAGCUUCACGUUCAAAGGAUCAUAUGCAAACGUCUUCAUCGGUGGACAAGAGACAAUGUAGCGGCCGACCUGCGUUUCCUGCUUCGUCACCGCUGUUCGCUGUCGGACUGAGCUCAGAUUCACUCAAACAUCUCCUGAAGCGCCGUCGCUCGUUGACAGGACGAACGGGAACAUUGCAACCGUCAGCUAUGCACCUUAUGGAAACGAGCGUUUCCUCGCGCCGACUAGAAUUAACACUGGAGCGAAACCACAUCCGUCAUUUCAGAAGGGAGACUUUUCUACUUUCCACCAACCGCAGACGAUGCUCCGUCAGUGGGGACUUUCGUCACCUUAGUAACGAGCUUUUGCAGCUUUUACCCUCAUCACACAAGCAAACCUUUUUCUCCAUUAGCUGAAUACUUUAUACCAAACUUGAGGUGCCUCGUGUAUAUACUUUCUGCAGCAAAGCUUGCUCCUUUGCUGUUUAACAAUAGUAACCUUGUUAACCAGGGUUUUUUUAAAACCUUUUUUCACCUUUAUAAAAAAGUUUACUGUAUUAUAAAUGACUUUUUUUACACACGUAGAAGAUUAAUCAGAUUAUUCCAGGAAUUUGCAAAUACAAUCUAAUUUUGCACUUUAUACCAGAUUAACUCAGAGUGACACGGCCAUCAGAAACGGUUCCAAUCAGAUCCGCGUGUGGCGAACGAGCAGCGUGCCCCUGAAUGUACCUCCACGUUCCGCUUCAGCCCUUUCCUUUCAACUGGGCCGCGUUUGGGUUCUUGGUGAAGAACCUAGCUUUAGUGACCGCCCUUUGCCCACAUGCACCUCCCGUGUCCUCAGUAUGAAUACUAUGCCAGUCUUCUUCAGGUGACCCCCCCCCAUCGCACCCCAGGCCGACUCUUAAACCCUCCCGUUAGAAUCGUGACACAUUCCUGCUCUCGUCACCGCCUCAGCGGCCAUCGACGCCAGUCAGGGCUUCAUUUCCUCUCCUGCAGCUCGUCCACGUGCUUCGAAUCCGUGCUUGUGUGAGACUUGACCUCUGCUAUUAAGCGACAGUACUGCACUACUUCGUCCUCUCUCUCCUCCGCUUGCCUCGCCGCGCUUCUGUGCAGCCUAGUGUCGGAUCAACCAGCGCUUUGUCCACGUGUUCACAUUCAAAGUUAGGAUCAGAAAUCACAGCUUGUUCGGCCGGAUUGGUUGUUCAUGGCAUUCGUGCACCGCUAAGUCCUUGUGUAUCAGUUGGUCAAGUGCUGCCUUAUUGGGACUGAGGUUAGAAACGGUUCAGACAUUUUAAAACCAAGGCUUCUUAUUUAACCACCACUUUGUGUUGCUUCGGGGAUGUUCACAUUAAAGACCAAGGUUCCACUUUCUCCCUUGUACAAAUUAAUAUAAAUAAAUAUAUAUAUAUAUAAAUAUAUAGUAUACAUUUUAUUCAUUUUUGUCCAGUUUUGUAUAUUACACUCAUGUAAAGUUUGUUUUUAAAGAGGCAUCGGAGCAGCUAUUACAAGACAAUAUGAGUGACAAUGUUCAUCUGGGAGAAUUUUAUGCAUGUUAUAUUUUCUCUUUUCCUCUCUGUCUCUUUUUAAACCCCCGAUCCUGUUGUUCAGGUGUGUAACGUGAAUAUAAAGAAAUCUACCUUUUCUUUGGAAUGUUGUAGACAAUCAGUCUCAGGCCGGGUCCAGUCCCUGCAGGGAGUGAGAGCCCUGUAGGCUGAUAGACAAACUAAACCUUUUUUUUCCUUUUUUCUUUGACAAUUAAAAACUAUUUGCAUCUACUGGAAGUCUAAAUUUGGAGGUUUGAUCAUUCUAAUGUUCGUGGCUGCUCAAGUUUACACACACACACGUUUCUCUACUACACUCAAAACACAAACACCUCGUGCGUUUGAUCCCUCUGCUUUUUUUUCCAAGGUGAGGAUGCCAACCUUGAGGAAAUGAUGCUUUGACUAACAAAUCUAUAACAUCUAUGAAUGUGGGAAUGCAACACAUUGCAAUAAAAGCACCAUUUGAAAUGCA